AUGGAGCCUGGCUGGGAUGCUGACGACUUGUGGAGUUCGGAAGAGGUCACAUUGGGCAGCGAUAGUCAAAUCGAAGUUGCUGGGCCAGACGACAUACCGGAUGGAGAAUUUGACCCUUCCGACAUCGAUGCUACAUCGAUAAUAAGUAAAUUCGGGACCAUAGCUUCAUCCAUCUACCGACAUGCUACCAUAGAUAUCGGCAUGGAACAUGUAGGCGACCUUGUAUUCUCGAUUCACUUAUCUUAUGCGUGCCGGAUAGUUUUGCCGCAUUGCAAAGAUCGCCUAGACCCUAUCCCAAACGAUGAGACAGAACAAAAUCGAGAAGAGAUUAAGCAUAUCGCUUUUCUGGAAAUCACGAGGGGUAAAUACUAUUUUGCACCGAUUGGCGAUAACCCUCAAAAGAUAAUCGAUCUGGGCACUGGUAUGGGGACAUGGGCGAUCGAAGUGGCCGAUAUGUUCCCUAGCGCCCAGGUGGUUGGAUGCGAUCUGAGCCCCAUUCAGCCCUUUUGGGUCCCUAGCAAUGUCAGGUUCAUCAUCGACGACAUCGGAGAUGAUUGGGCUCAUGGAGAUAAUUGGGAUUUUGUCCAUGCUCGCCAAGUUCUCCCGACUAUAAAAGAUCCAGCCAGACUGUGCGAGCAAAGUUUCAGCCAUAUCAAGCCCGGAGGCUGGAUCGAAACCCAAGACUUUGGAGCUGUCAUGAAAUGCGAUGAUGGCACAUUACGAGAAGACUCCAUGCUCAUUGAGUUCACCACUCUAGUAACCCAAGCGUUAGCCCCCCGUGGAAUUAACUGGAUAGUGGGAAACGAUAUGGAAGAAAUCCUCAGGAACGCUGGUUUCGUUAACAUCCAGUAUAAGAAGUUCAAAACCCCUAUUGGGAUGUGGCCCAAGGCCAAGAGACUCCGUUUGGUUGGAUUGUAUAUGAAAUCAGCAUUCGCGGAUCUUAUAGAUGCUCUUGUACCCAGGCUUUUCCCUUCGCUCUCGAAGUCUCCGCAGCAAAUAAAAGAAUUCCUUGCCGGCGUCCAGAGUGAGCUGCUGACCACCCAGGCGCACAUAUACCUAGACUACUACUUCUGGUAUGCCCAAAAGCCGCUGGCGAACUGAGCCUAAGAGCGAGUGAACGGUGCAUUUCCCCUUUAUAAGCCACGCGGCAUCAAGGAUCCUUAUCGUAUAGGAUAGUCCAAGGUUAUGGAGGGUUUGGCCAAUUUGCGAAUCUCGACUGGGGAAACUCGAAGGUGGAUGGAGCGGCAGGAAACUAUGGAGUAAUCUACUUACAUACAUAUAUGUAUGUAUGUAGUGCUCAAGAUGAACGCGUGACGGCUUCGUUGAGGAUGAUGGGCUUAUGUAAAGGAGAAGAAAAAAGUCAAGGGAGCGACGGGAAUGACACAGUACGGUAAAGUAACUACAGACCACCGUUUUUUUAUGAAUAUUAUGCCGUUAUGCAUAAGCGAUGAUAGAUUUAAAUGCCUUUAUAACGCAGUAAAGUUAGUUACAUACCUAUAAGUUACAUACCAGGCAGAAAUAUGGUGAAAGUACUAGUAGUAAAAGCAAUGUAUUAAUAGAGGUUAUACUACUCUAAAGUAUUUAACU